ACUUUCAAUCCCACAAUUCAGCGUGGCAGAGCCGGUUUUUUCAAGGCAUCAUGGCGGAUCCCAGAGACAAGGGACUUCAAGAUUACAGAAAGAAAUUGCUUGAGCACAAAGAAAUUGAUGGACGCUUGAAAGAAUUGCGUGAACAACUGAGAGAACAGACAAAACAGUAUGAAAAAUCAGAAAAUGAUCUGAAAGCUCUACAAAGUGUUGGACAGAUUGUUGGUGAGGUCCUGAAGCAGCUAACAGAGGAAAAAUUCAUUGUCAAAGCAACCAAUGGCCCACGAUAUGUGGUUGGAUGCAGACGGCAGCUGGAUAAGGCUAUGCUCAAACCUGGUACUAGAGUUGCAUUGGAUAUGACCACUCUGACCAUCAUGAGGUACCUUCCCAGAGAGGUGGACCCCCUUGUGUACAACAUGUCUCAUGAAGACCCUGGCAGCGUCUCCUACUCUGAGAUCGGAGGCUUGGCUGAGCAGAUCAGAGAGCUCAGAGAGGUGAUUGAGCUGCCUCUGACCAACCCUGAGCUCUUCCUGAGGGUGGGCAUUAUCCCCCCUAAAGGCUGCCUGCUCUACGGACCCCCAGGAACUGGAAAGACACUUUUGGCCAGAGCAGUUGCUAGCCAGCUUGACUGCAAUUUUCUAAAGGUGGUGUCCAGCUCCAUAGUGGACAAGUACAUUGGUGAGAGCGCUAGGCUGAUCCGAGAGAUGUUCAACUAUGCCAGGGACCACCAGCCCUGCAUCAUCUUCAUGGAUGAGAUCGAUGCCAUAGGUGGUCGUCGUUUCUCUGAGGGGACGUCUGCAGACAGAGAAAUCCAGAGGACACUGAUGGAGCUGCUGAACCAAAUGGAUGGCUUUGACACCCUGCACAGAGUGAAGAUGAUCAUGGCCACCAACCGUCCGGACACGCUGGACCCUGCCCUUCUAAGGCCAGGGAGACUGGACCGCAAGAUCCACAUCGAACUGCCCAAUGAGCAGGCUCGGAUGGACAUUCUGAAGAUACACUCUGGACCAAUCACUAAGCAUGGAGAGAUGGAUUACGAGGCCAUUGUGAAGUUGUCUGAUGGAUUUAAUGGAGCUGAUUUAAGGAACGUGUGCACUGAAGCAGGUAUGUUUGCAAUCCGUGCUGACCAUGAGUAUGUGACCCAGGAAGAUUUCAUGAAAGCUGUUCGCAAGGUUGCAGAUUCUAAGAAACUGGAAUCCAAGCUGGACUACAAGCCUUUAUGAUAGUACCACCAACCAACCUAUCAGGAGAUAUAUGGUAAUUUGAGUCUGGAAAGAGUAAAGGAAGAGACGACAAAAGCAAACAUAUUUGUGUUUUUACUGUAUUCCAAAUGUAUAUUUCAAAGACAUCAUUUUAGACGUUUAUUUAAUACAGACUUAUGUGGUGAAAUAUAUGGUUUGGUUUUUAUUUUCGUAUUUUGCAUAAGAAUACAUAUUUAAAUAAACUGUCAACCAUCU